CCGCCGCCGACGAGCCGCACAACCGCACCAGACGACCACACGCGCAGACGCGCAGAGAGAGAGAGAGAGAGAGAGAGAGAGAGAGAGAGAGGUGGAAAUGGCUGGGAGGCUAAGCGCGGCGGGGUCCCGCAUCCUCGGAGGCGGGGGCGCACGCGCUGCGGUCUCUGCGCUCCGUCAACGCGCCGGCAUGGGUCUCCCCGUCGGCCGCCACAUCGUCCCCGACAAGCCCGUCCCAGUGAACGACGAGCUGGUGUGGGACAACGGCACGCCCUUUCCGGAGCCCUGCAUCGACCGCCUCGCCCCGCACAUCGGCAAGUACGAGGCGCUGGCGUGGCUGUGCGGAGGGCUGGGGUUCUUCGUUGCUCUUGGCAUGGCCGCCGCUGUGAAUGACAAGGCCUCCAAGAUCCCAUAUACCCCAAAGGUCUACCCGUAUGACAAUUUGAGAGUGGAACUUGGUGAUAGACCAUAGAAGACUAUUCUCCUGCUCGAUCAAGGAGCACUGUGAUGAAUUGAGCUUUUUCUCUCCGAUCAUAAGAGAAACAGUAAAAAACUUGUUUAUCAUGGUUGUUUUUGUUGUGAUUUCGAUGUUUUCAACUACCAUAAUGUGAUUUGCUGAAUCUUCUCGAGCAUGGCUUUGCCUCACAAUAAUGCAAUCAGUGCCUUUGAGCAACUA